CAUUUAAGAUGAAGAACCCUCUUCGUCUGAAGGCCGUGAAUCACAUCUCAAUAGUAUGCAAUUCAGUGGAGAAAUCUGUGGAUUUCUACCAGAGAGUUCUUGGGUUUUAUCCUGUUAAAAGACCUGCUUCCUUCACCUUCCAUGGCGCAUGGUUGUACAAUUACGGGAUGGGGAUACAUCUUCUGCAGUCUUGUGAGGCGGACGAGAAGCCCAAGAAGAGAGUGAUAAACCCUAAAGACAAUCAUCUUUCGUUUCAGAGCGAAAACAUGGGAGCUACAGAGAAGCAGCUGAAGGAGAUGAGAAUAGAGUAUGUGAAGUGUGAGGUGGAAGACGAUGGGAUCUUUGUUGACCAGUUGUUCUUCCACGACCCAGAUGGCCUAAUGAUUGAAAUUUGCAAUUGUGAGAACCUCCCUAUUCUUCCACUGUCUGGCGGCGGCGGCGGCGAUUCCCCGACCGCGGCGGCGCCUUUCUGCAGUAUGCAACAAGCGGAGCAACAUCAGAAGCUACAACAGAUUCAAAACGCAGCCGUUCAGAUGAUGCAGCUCCAGCAGUUGCUGGUCAGCAUCCCAUGCAAUGCAUGCACAUGAAAUUCCUUGGUUUUUUUUAUGUCGUGUGGCUGUGGUUGUAAAAACAUGAUCAAAGGGCAAUUUUGAGUUGGU